GAAAGUUUACCCCAAGAAAAUGAUACAUAUUUCACAGCAAAUAAUUCCCAUCCAAUUACUUGAGUAGAGCGAUAAGUUAUAUAACAGGGAUCCAACUGGCUAAACAAGGUGACCUAGAGAAAAGAAAAAUAGAACAGGAGUGAGCUCAGUUGGAGACAUGGCUGAAAAGAUUCAUCCAAGAAAUUAUUGGAGAUGGAGCAAACAAGAUUUCUUCCCGGAAAAAUCUUUUGAAGAUUGGAGUAACUACCGAUCUGCCCUAUCACAGACAAGUUCAAGAUUCAAGGACCGCCUUGUAAGUAGGUCCGAUGAUGCACAAGAGCUUGUGGAACUUCGAAAACAGAGCGAGAAUGAAAUGAAACGUUGCCUUAACUGGUGGGACCUCAUCUGGUUUGGAUUCGGUGCAGUAAUUGGAGCUGGCAUCUUUGUACUUACUGGCCAAGAAGCACACAAUCACGCAGGCCCAGCCAUUGUCUUAUCAUAUGUUGUUUCAGGCAUUUCUGCAAUGCUCUCUGUUUUCUGCUAUACCGAAUUUGCAAUAGAAAUUCCUGUGGCUGGAGGAUCAUUUGCUUACCUGAGAGUAGAACUAGGAGACCUUGCAGCCUUUAUAGCAGCAGGAAAUAUACUUCUUGAAUCAGUUGUCGGAGGUGCAGCGGUCGCUAGAGCUUGGACUUCAUACUUCACAAGUCUUUUGAACCGUUCUCCCAACUCAUUACGCAUACAUACAAGUCUCAAUGAUGGAUAUAACCUUUUGGAUCCGAUUGCUGUUGGAGUUCUCGCAAUUGCAUCAACAAUUGCAAUGGCCAGUGCAAGGAGAGCUUCCUGCAUAAAUUGGAUUGCAUCAGCAGUAAAUACUUUGGUGAUUUUAUUUGUGAUAAUUGCAGGAUUUGCUCAUGGCAAUGCAUCCAAUAUGAAACCUUAUUUGCCUCAUGGUGCCCAAGGGGUCUUCCAAGCGGCAGCAAUUGUGUACUUUGCCUAUGGAGGAUUUGACACCAUUGCAACCAUGGCAGAGGAAACAAGAAAUCCAUCAAGAGACAUACCAUUAGGAUUGCUAGGGUCGAUGUCGUUGAUCACUGUGAUAUAUUGCUUGAUGGCACUUUCAUUGACCAUGAUGCAGAAGUACACAGAUAUAGACCCUGAUGCAGCUUACCCGGUCGCAUUUCAGAGAGUGGGUAUGCACUGGGCUAAAUACCUGGUUGCCCUUGGAGCUCUCAAGGGGAUGACCACAGUUCUUCUGGUAGGAGCUCUUGGGCAGGCACGUUAUACUACUCAUAUUGCACGAGCACACAUGAUUCCUCCAUUUUUUGCACUUGUCCAUCCAAGAACAGGAACCCCGAUAUACGCUACACUGCUAAUCACCAUUUUGAGUGCCUGUAUUGCCUUUUUUUCUAGCUUGGAUGUCUUGUCAAGUUUGUUAUCUGUGAGCACGCUCUUUAUCUUCAUGAUGAUGGCUGUUGCACUUCUGGUGAGAAGGUACUACGUAAGAGGAGUCACUCCAAGAACAAAUCUCUUGAAGUUAGUUAUUUUUUUAUUGCUCAUCAUUGCAUCCUCCAUGGGCACUUCUGCUUACUGGGGAUUAAACCCUAGUGGAUGGAUUGGUUACACCAUUACUAUUCCGCUUUGGUUCGUCGGGACUAUGGGGAUUGCAGUGCUUUUGCCACAAGAACGAACACCAAAGGUCUGGGGAGUUCCACUUGUUCCAUGGUUCCCAUCCUUGUCAAUUGCAAUAAACUUGUUUCUCAUGGGAUCGUUAGGAGCUCGGACUUUCAUAAGAUUUGGCAUCUGCACAGUUGUAAUGUUAGUAUACUACAUCUUUUUCGGCCUCCAUGCUACUUAUGACAUGGCUCAUCAGCAAAACAAAACAGUAUCUUCAAAAUCUCCAGAAGAAGAUGGGGUAGAGCAACCAGGGCCGUAAAACUAUCAAUAUCUUGUUCUCUUUUAACAAAUGCUUUUAGUAUCUAUUUCUGUAAUAGCAAGUAUAAAGAAAUUAGAAAUCAAGUGAUCUACCAAGCAACAACGAUGAGAAAGACCUGAGAGGAAAAAUGAUAAGACCAAACAUCACUCAAUAAAUGUGCAUGUGUAAUACACAAGAGAACAAAGAAACUGAAAUAAAAUUUGAAUUUUACUAA